CGAUUAGACCGUCGGACCGCGCUGACGUCAGAAGCAUGCUUGAGGGCCGACCACCGUGCGGAUGUAUUUAUUUUCGUUCGCUUGGAAAUAAAUACGAGGUUUGGCGUCCACGGCGUCGCGACGGUUCCAGUUAAACGCACGCCGGGCGUUCGCGCGGUUAUCGGGCGCCUUUAUGUCAGGAAACGAACGUUACGAGAAUUUGCCGCAAUGCCACCCUUAAAAACGCCCUCGGACGCAUAGAGGCCCGUCGUCGUGGUAGAAGAUGCCGGUGUGGUGAAAGAAACGCUAGUGACGCGCGUGUUUUUUUAUCGGGUGGGUUUGUCAAAGAAUAUGUGACUGAUUUAGCGGGGUAGAACGCAUAAGUGGACGCGUAGGGGUAAUUCGACGCCAUGGGGAAUUCAUGUAGCAGUGGGCAAGGCCACAAGGAUAAGGAUAACAUGUCGCAGAGAUCGGAAGAGUCCGCCAGUUACCAGGUGCGAACGAGCUUGCCUUCAGAGAAACAACAGACGUUGCUGAACCACAUUACGCCGCAUAGCGGGGUGAUUUUGGAACCUGCGACCGCCGGUCAGCAAGCGCUUCAGCAACAUCAGCAAGCUGCGGCUCCGAUGACCACGGCAUCCCAUCCUUUGGAAAUAAAAAACCCCAAUCUAUCGAAGAUUUUGAAAGGGGCAUCCGAUUCGCUAUCCCUGUCGUCGCCGAUUAGCCCUAAAGGUUUCGACAAACUGACGGAGGACGAUGUGCCCAAAGAAGUGUCCAGCUUGUCCGAGCCGCUCCAGAAUCUCGUCAUGGGACGCGUGACGUACGCGAAAACGUCACUUAAGUGUCGCAAGAUCGUUAUCUACGUGUGCGCGGCCGAUUCUCAAGACUGUAUCGUCGAAAAGGGUGCCCUCCAUAACGUGGUCUACCCCGCGCUGAGAGCACACUGCAGGACCCGCGGCUACGAGCUCCACAUAGUGGACCUCCAUUGGAAAACGCUGCUGGAAAAGCAGCAGGAUCACGAGUUCCCAGAACUUUGCAUUGGAGAAUUGACGAGGCAAAUGGAGGUAGCCUACGUCAUACCCGUGCUGUUCCUAAACAACUCUCUCGGGACCCAACUGUUACCAAUCACGAUAGAGAGCGCCGACUUCAAGAUGGCGCUCGAGAGUACCGGAAAUCAGUCCGCCCAGGGACUCCUGAAGAAAUGGUACACGUUGGAUAGUGACGCUCAGCCUCCCUGCUACAGGCUUCGGCCUAUCUCGUGUCACAUACCCGGGUUCAAGGAGAGCUCACUUGAGGACAGGGAGAAAGCUUUUGAGGAAUGGGCCCACGAGAUCGAUAAAAUGCUCGGCGUCCUCAUCAACGUGUUCUCGACCGAGCUGAGGGACACUUACCUGACCACCGUCGUCGAGCAGGAGGUGCACAACACCGUAUUCAUGAGCCAAGAGAUGGCGAAGCGAUGUAUCUGGUUGAACAGGGUGUACACGCCAACACCCAAAACACCAGACAACCUUAGUCCAGGCGAGGCAGAAGCUCAACGCAGAUUGAACAUGCUGCAGAAAGAUCUAAGGGAGCAGUUGACCGAGAAGCACAUAGUUCGGAUCCAGGUGAGGUAUUCAGACGAUGGGUUGGACAUGGACCUUCCCGAGCACGAGCAGUACGUGUCGACGGUAACGACCCACUUGAGGAAACACCUCUACGAGACCAUCGACUCUAUCAUCGAAGAGCACCAAAGCAAAACUAUGUCCAAGGCCAGUUACGGCGUGGAGGCUGCUUUGUUUGACGAACUGAAUGUGCAGAUCGGUUUUUGUCAGAGAGCAGCUCAAUGUAGCAUCAAUCGCGAGAAAACGAUCGAGGAGAUCAAGGGAUACGUCGCUGGCGAAAACAACCUGCCGCUGAUAGUCCACGGACCUAGCGGCUGCGGCAAAACCACCCUGCUGGCAAAAAUAGCCCAGUGCUGCCAGCAGACCUUGCCUGAAGCCUUCCUCGUUCUUAGGUUCGUGGGUAUCAGCGAGCAAUCCGACACCAUCGAGCAAUUGCUCAGCUCGAUCAGCAACCAAUGGUCACUGCUAGCUUACGGACACAAGUGCUAUUUCAACCACAGCGUAGAAGUGUACAAGAAGAUGGUACCGUCUCUGUUGAAAGCGAGUAGCUUGCAACGACCCAUGGUUGUGAUCUUGGACGGGUUGGAUCAGGCGAGGGACUACAGUGCGAAGGAGGUGGAUUGGGUCCCGGCCAAAUUGCCCGAUAAUAUUAAACUGAUUAUUUCUGUAUCAGAAGAUAGUCAAACGUACAAGGACCUGAAGAAAAGACUGAGCGAGAGCAACUUCGUGAAGAUGCCACUGUUAGGUGAAACGGAAGCGAAAAACAUCUUCAUGUCGAGCGUAAUGCAGUACAACCAUAGCGUCAAUUCAAAGAUUCACGAAUGCGUGGUGAAGUCGGUGAAGGAAUGCACUGUACCACUCUACGCCAAGAUUGUGGCGUGGCAAAGUUCUUGGUGGACGGAUAAGGACCAUCAGUUGAAACUCAGAAGUGAGCUCACCGCUCAGAUGGACCUGAUGCUCGAGGAAUUGGAGAGCAUCCUGGGCGGAACGCAGGUCCAGCACGCGCUCGCCAUCAUCACGUGGACGAAACACGGCGUGACGGAUUCCGAAAUGGUGGAUUUGCUCGCGUUCGACGACUCAUUCCACAGUAGUACCACCUACGUUCCGUGGGCCCCAGCUUGUUUGGCGUGGUCCAGAUUAAUAAAACAUCUGGCUCCGUUCUUCGGUUGGUCGUUGACCGGCGGUGUGCUAGGUAUCCGGUGGAAGGAUGAGCUUUUGAGAAAGGCGGUCGCGAAAAGGUACAGCGGCGUUGAAAGAUGGGCGCAUCGGGUGCUUUUCGAUUAUUUUAACGGCAAGUGGUGGGAGGAGAGGGCGGGGUCGUUGCAAGCGAGACUCGUAACUCAGGAUAUCCGUCUCGGAAAAUGUUACAAUCGCAGAAAACUUGACGAGCUGCCUUUCCACUAUCACCACCUCAACAACGACUUUGAGGACUCGCCUUUUAUCUCCGACCUCUCGUGGAUCUUCGAGAAAGUCUGCGGUUCUGAUGUGUUCCAAGUCCUUGAGGAUAUUAAUCUGUUGCCCAAGAUCAAAAACAACCUGACAAUCGUCAUCAAAGACUUCUUAGAGCGUCACGCUUCCGCCCUCAACUAUGACGGCCGUCAGUUUUACUCGCACCUUUACAUGUACCUGAAAGAGAGACUGAAAAGCCAAAGUCAGAACGCCAAGAUGAAAGAGAUGUUCAGGCAUUGCGAGUUGCCUCCGGUAACUUCGCUGAUACCUCUCAAUUGUGAAGACACUGGAGAGAUCGAGGACGACUGCAAGUACAACCGUACCUGCGCGUUCGACCUCUUGGUGAAGCUUCCCAACACCCACCGUUUCUUGGUGACGAUCUCUACAGACAAGGAGCAAAUUUGCGUCUGGGAUAUCGUGAAAUGCGAACCUAUUAGGAUACUAAAGGGCGUACCUCAUCCCACUAACUUGAUACCCAUAGACGAGUACCGCUGCAUCGUGCUAUGCAGGAGGGAGCUGAGGAUAUACGAUCUAAACACAGGCAGUUUCGUCACCAAACUCAAGGGUGUAAUGAACCAGAAGAUGCCGUACUACGGGCUCCACGACCAAAGUCAUUUAGUAGCUUUAAGCAGAAAUAGGAUGUACAUAAAUCUAAUGAAUUUGGAAACUGGCGAUUGCGUCACCACGUUCAAGGCUGGCGAAGACAGAUUCCUAAAUUCCCUGUUGGUUUCAGGGGAUGGAAGGGUUCUGGUCUGUGGCGAUGAGACUCAAAAGCCUUUCCCUUUGCUUGUGUGGAACUUAAAGUCCAAAAAGUUGCUCUACGACCUUCGAAUACCGCAUCAUGAUUUUAUUACCAGCUUGUCGGCAAUCACGUACGAAGGCAAUUACGUCUGUUGUGUGUGCCACGAAAUUGACGAGCCCAGCCCAAAUUUUAUCGUGGUUUACGAUCUGCAAAGCGGCACUCUGUUCAAAAAGUGGAAGCCGUCUUGCAACACCGUCUCCUUAGAGAUCAGUUCGCCUGGAGGUUGCGUGAUUUCCGGCCUCGAAGACGCAAGGAUAUUAGUCUGGGAUCUUAUCACCGGCAACUGUCGAUUUUCUUUGAGCGGUCACACGGCUCCGGUGUCCUGCCUAAAAUUGGACUCUUCCGGUGGAAUAUGUCUUUCCUCUGAUUCCGACUGCAGGGAUAGGUCCAUUAGGCUGUGGGACAUCAACAAAGGCAAUCUGGUGUCGGUGUACACUCCUGGUACGAAGAUCAGCGCCUGCGAGGUGACCGAAGGAGGUCGUCACGUCGUCCUCGCCCUAGGUGGCCACAAGGACCUGGUGACGUUGCAACUCAGGGGACCUGACGUCCUGGACGCCCUUUCCGCCGAAGAGACGUACGGCGACCAAGAUAACAGAGGCAAAACUUUUGAUUUUGGUGAUGAGAAGUGCUGAUAAGCUGUUCCGGC